CACUGCAGUUGUGCUUCGAAACUUCUUAGGUGCGGAUACCAUUGGCAAUGGAUCGGACAUAUGUGGAUGAAAUCAAACAGAAAAUGCGGUGGCUUCUGAAUUGCGGACAGAGUGAUACCGACGAACUAAAGUAUAAAUUGUUCGAGGUUCAAAAGGAGCUCGACGAAGCUAAUGACUUCAUCGCCGAAAUACAAUUCGAAUUGGAUGGUGUUGAUAUACUGGCCCUCCAGAAUCAGUGGCUACGCGAUGAAUUGUUGAAGCUAAAGGCCGAGGAGGUGGGCGUGAUUCAUAGGGACUUGGAUGAGGAUCCAGCCACUCGAAUGGAGCGUCGCAGCCAUCGACAGCAAGUUUCAGUCGGAAUGGUGUCCACUCAGCUCGAAUGCCCACUCCAGGAGCAGCGAUACGGACGCAAACUGGAUUAAACUAAUGGCUGAUUACCUGGCUCUCUAUUGAUUGUUGAUUACUCGAAAUCAGAAUUUAUUUAUCGGAUAUGAUAUUGUAUGCCAUUAGCCGCUUCCGACUACAUACAAACCACUUAAAACACAAGGCUUAUC